CUUGCCGUAGACAGAGCCAAGCGCAUGCGCAUUUCUGUUUCUUUCGGAGCAGCAAUGGCGUCCUCCAUCGCAGUGUGCAGGUUACAUAUGACAGGCAGGGGAAACCUUAUAAAAUAUCUGAAGCAGGUCAAUACACUCGUUAAAAGAAAUGUCGGAACGAAUGCUGUAGCCACGAUAUCUGAGACACCUCGGAAAGAAGAAACUGAUGAAAAGGAUGGACCUCAAUCUUUGAAUUCUCUCCUGGCGAAGAGACAAGAACAGGCAGAGAGAUCUGUUCUUGUUAGCUGCCUCUCCAAAACCAAUGAGAAAAAGUUUACCAAGUAUUUAUCGAAACAUGGAGAUAUCAACACAUGCUUCUUUUAUGAAAGCUAUGGUGUGUAUGCUGUUGUGGAAUAUGCCAACAGAGAAAGUGUUGCCUCAUUAAUGGAAAAUGCAGCCUUCCCCAGUGUCAGUCAUGAGUCCGUGGUGCCUUUUAAAUCGAGACUGCUGUCGCUGAGGAAUAUCAGCACAUCUGACCCACCAGACAAGGGGCAGCUGUGCCAACCACAGACCACUAUUCCCAUCAACGAGCUCAUCCAGAGACUGUCCAGAGAGGAAAGUAUAGACCAGCAGGUAGCCUCCCUGACCAAAGCUUAUCAGCUAACAGAGGAGAACAUCAGACUUCGUUUCCUUGUCUGCUCUCUGCUCAAGGACAUUGCUGCUGCCUAUUUCCCAGAAUGCUCCAUCAAGCCUUUUGGCUCAUCAGUGAAUGGCUUUGGAAAGCUGGGCUGUGACCUCGAUAUGUUUCUGGACCUUGAUAGCAUCAGUGGGAUAGAAGCAAGAAUGCCUAAAACAGGUCUGUAUGUGGAGUACCAGAUGAAGGGGGCACACUCAGAGCGUGCAGUCACCCAGAGCAUCCUGUCUGUCAUUGGGGAGUGUGUGGACCAGUUUGGACCUGGGUGCGUGGGGAUGCAGAAGAUUCUGAAUGCAAGAUGUCCCCUGGUCCGAUUUGCCCAUCAGCCCUCUGGUUUUCAGUGUGACCUCACAGCCAACAACAGGGUGGCGAUGAAGAGCACAGAGCUGCUCUAUCUGUACGGAGAGCUGGACCCACGGGUUCGCUGCCUGGUGUUCACCGUGCGCUGUUGGGCCCGAGCACACGGCAUCACGAGCAGCAUCCCCGGAGCCUGGAUCACCAACUUCUCCCUCACUGUCAUGGUGCUGUUCUUUCUGCAGAAGAGGACCCCCCCCAUUAUCCCCACUCUGGACCACCUCAGGGAUCUUGCAGGUCCCGCGGACAAGAGUGUGAUUGAGGGGAACGAUUGCACGUUUGUCAGCGACUUCAGCAUGAUCCAGCUCCAGAGCAACACAGAAACACUGGAGAAACUGCUGAGUGAGUUCUUUGAGUUCUACGCCACAUUCGCCUUCAGCAGGAUGUCAAUAAAUAUCAGAAAGGGCAGAGAGCAGAAAAAGCCGGAGGUAUCCCCACUGCACAUCCAGAACCCAUUUGAAAACUCUCUGAACGUCAGCAAGAACGUUAGUGCUGCACAGCUAGACCGCUUUGUGGCCAUGUGUCAGGAGAGCUCCUGGCUCUUACAGCAGAGUGAAACCAAAUCCCCAAGUGGUACUGCUGGCUCCAGCAAAGCCACACCUUGGGGACUCGCUACCCUCCUUUUGCCCUCCCAGGUUGCAGGGAUUAAAAGUCGCAAGAAGAGGAGGCAGGAGCCGGCCAGCGAGAGGAUAAAAAGCUUGCUGGAAUCCUUGAAGACUAACAAUAAGCAAAAGAAGAGCUAAGACUCAGUCCAAUCCACUCUCUGCUUAUUUAUUUAAUGCAAUGGUGGACAUCUGAUUUUAUGGCCUGAUGAACAGAGGAGGUGAGGAGCAUCUUCUAAAAUGAUCUGUAGUUCAAAACUUGGACACUGGAGGGUGCAACUGAGGCCUUUUUGUGCAUAUGUUUGGGACCUAAAAAAAGGGAGUGAUUAUUGUGCACUUCUCUGUGGACUCACUUACUCUGGUUUGUACUAAGAGAACUGUAAAGUCCUGCAAGAUGCUCAUGUUGCACCUGUAAUGUAGAUCUACAGGUACAUUUGAUUCAAAGUGUAUUUCAUAAUUAACACAGAUGAGCCACAACAUCUGUUUACAUCGUAAAUAAAAUCACACUGGGUAUAUUUUUCAUGUAGGUGUUACAAUAAAGAUUAAUAAUCAUGGCUUCAAUGAAAACAAUGUGUCGCCCCCACAGUGACCAAAAGCACUAUAGGGAUCAGAUGCUUCAAAAACAUCAACAUUUUCUGUUAAAUAGUCAAAGGGAGAGGCGAAAGAAAUACUUUUCUUCCAUGUUCCUUCAUUUCAUAAAAUAUAUGGUUUUUUAUAUGUUUCUCCUUUUCUAUUUCCAAGUACUACAUAGAGUAAAUUAAAGGUUUAUAAAUGAAAUGUG